AUGGAAAAGGUGCUCCUUGACCCAACCCAAGAUCCAGAUGACUUUGCAAGAGCGUACCGAGAUCGCCAUGCGGACUGGGACAAGGUGUUCGAGGGCUACGACGCAGCGGUUGACUGGCCAUCUGCCGAGUUCUGGCCGGAACUCGUAGAAAAGUAUCCAGACGCAAAAGUAUUACUCACAGUGCGCGACCAUGAGGACUGGUACAUGUCGGUAGGCAAGACGAUCAAAGAAUGGCCAAUGGACCCGGCUAUCCAAUGGCCGGAACGCAUGCUAAAGACGAGGAACAUGGCUCGCAUUAUUGUGAAAGAAGGUGCCUUAAGCGGUUACAGUGACAAGGACACCAUGAUUUCUAAAUUCAUCCACAAUACUACGCGAGUCAAAACAGCCAUCCCUGAGGACCGACUGCUGGUGUUUCAUCCCGGCGAUGGUUGGGGCCCUCUCUGCAAGUUCCUAGGUAAAAAUGAGCCGGAUACAGCGUUUCCUCACUGCAAUCGUAGUGGAGACUUUGUUGAUAGGCUGCACUGGGUUAAGGAAUCGAUUGAGAGCGGAAAGAAUCUAGCUGCUAUGCCGUACAAGAUGGACGUCGUCAACGCAGCAUGCAAGUAG